AACACUUUUUCGGAAAAAGUCCAAAUUUACAUUAAUUCUUUUCUUUUUGCCAUUUUUGGAUUCUGGUGAUUUUUCAAAAAUAAAGAUCACGAGUGUCACUUGUGCUCUCUGUAACCGUUUCAUUUGGUCAAUUCAAUUACAGAAACAAACCAAAAAAGAAGACAGAACAUAACCCAAAAGAUUGAAGUGUUUUGCUUGCUGUCUUCUUCUUCUUCUUCGAUUGAAAAAAUCUAGAGUUUGUUAAGAAAAAAAGAAUGGAUUCUGAGCUUUAUAUCUUUGAUGGGUCUUCAUCUUCUUCCUCAUUUUGCCACCAUUCAAGUAGUACUGAACCAGAUAUGUUUUCUUCCGACACAACAACAACAACAACAGAUCUCUUCUGCAACAAUCCUUAUCUUAAUCCUAUAGAUGAUCAGCCUUUCAAUUUCUUUGACAACUUUACCUCUACGACUCAUCAUCUCCUCUCUUCAUCUCCUCCACUCUCUCAACUCCAAACCCUUAACCUCUCCCACACUAACACUUUCCCCAGUUUCGAAAGCUUCGACGCCGUCAAAACAGAGCAUCCUCUGUUUAACUCUUCAGUCAUGGAAGAUUCAUCGAGUUUUCAGAAUCAGAAUCUCUUAAGCUCGCCUGAAAACUCCUUCCUCUCCGAUCACAUGCGACGUGUCUACAGCACUGGAGAUUUGCAGAAUCUGGGAAUGGAUACUGCGGGACAACGAUCAUACUCGAGUCCUUUAGGUGUGGAGAGCUCAUGGGCGACGCCGUUUCCCGGAGAAGAACAGAGUUUGAAGGUGGGGCGUUACAGUGCGGAAGAACGUAAAGAGAAGAUUUCAAAGUAUAGGGCUAAACGAACACAAAGAAACUUCACCAAAACCAUUAAGUAUGCAUGCCGGAAAACGUUGGCGGACAACAGACCAAGAGUACGUGGCAGGUUUGCACGUAACGACGAAGUUUUAGAGAACCCCAAGAUUGCUUCUUCUUUCACUAUACAAGAAGACGACGACCUUUGGAAUUUGAAUGGGUUGCAUGAGGAAGAAGAAGCUUUUUUGAGUAGCUUUGUGGAAUGUCAGUCUCAGCCUCAACGACAAAUGCAAUACACAACAACUUCCUUCUGGUGAAAGCAUAUCUGUCUGAAGAAAGAAGAGAUGAAUAUUAUAUUUUCCGACUUAAUUUAAUAUGGAAUAUUGGAAUCGAGUCGAGUCAUAUAAUGGAUAUUUAUUUUUGAUUCUCACUUACAUCAAGAACAAAAACUAAUA